AUGAGAUUUUACAUUGGUACCCCUCCCGUGGAAAUGUUUGCCACUGCAGACACAGGGAGUGAUCUCAUUUGGAUGCAAUGUUCCCCUUGUAAGAAAUGUUCACCCCAAAACACCCCUUUGUUUGAACCAAGAAAGUUUUCAACGUUCAGAACCGUGUCUUGUGACUCACAACCUCGCACACUACUCUCCCAAUCCCAACGUACUUGCACAAAAUCAGGUGAGUGCCAGUACUCUUAUGCAUAUGGUGACAAGACAUUCACCGUUGGAACAUUGGGUGUUGAUAAAAUUAAUUUUGGUUCAAAGGGUGUUGUUCAAUUUCCCAAAUUCACUGUUGGGUGUGCAUAUUACAAUCAGGAUACCCCAAAUUCAAAGGGUCUUGGAGAAGGACCAUUAUCCCUAGUUUCACAACUAGGUGAUCAAAUAGGUUACAAAUUUUCCUAUUGUUUGAUCCCCUACGGUUUAAACUACACUAGCAAAUUGAAAUUUGGGGACAUAGCAUUAGCAACGAUAAAAGGAAAAAGGGUUGUGUCCACACCCCUCAUACUCAAAUCUUCUGAACCAAGUUUUUACUAUGUCAAUUUUGAAGGCAUCAGCAUUGGAAAAAGGAAGGUGGAGAUGAGUAAAAGUGAAAGUGAUGGCAACAUGUUCAUUGGUUCAGGGGCCACGUACACGAUGUUGCAGCAAGAUUUUUACAAUAAGUUUGUGACUUUGGUGAAGGAAGUCGCUGGUGCUGAGGUGGAGAAAAAUCCUCCAGCACCAUUCGAUUUUUGUUUAAGAGAUAAGGGUACUAAGCACCUUUGGUUCAAGGAUAGCAGUGAUGACGACGACGAUGGUGUGCCUGAUGUUGUGUUUCAUUUUACGGGUGCUGAGGUUCGACUGGAUUUUUUUACUCACAUGUUUUCAUUGGUCAAUGACAACUUGUAUUGCAUGUUGGUACACCCCAGCAACGGAGAUGGAUUUAACAUCUUCGGGAAUGUGCAACAAAUGGGAUUUCAGGUGGAGUAUGAUCUUAGAGGGGGAAAGGUUUCGUUUGCUCCUGCUGAUUGUGCCAAACAUUAG